UCUAGUAACAUGCAUAUUUUGAUAUGUUUCAUUUUUGAUAUGGUUUUGCUUUUGUAUUCGUAUUGACUUGUAUUUACAACAUGGAAGACAAGUCUUAAGUUCAAAACAGGUUUCUGAAUAUUUUUUCUAAUUCAGCUGAUAAAAGCAGGUCAGUUUCUGACAUAAUUUUUAGGAUAUUUUCUAAUUCUUAAAAAACUGUCAGCUGAUGAUUUGGAUUUCAAAGUUAUGAGGUCAGCAAUAUAUUAUUUACUCAAUAAAUAUGAGUUAUAUAACUGCUCAUUAUAUUAACUAAAGAAACUCUGUGUUGGAGAGAUUAGUAAAAUUGUGUUACAGGCGUGAAAAGUGUUACCAAAACAAUGUGAGUAAAUACUAUAUAUAUAUAUAUAUAUAUAUAUAUACCUCAAGGUCUAAAAAUAUGCCAAGAGAACAUAUGUUCACUUUUAACCUAAUUUCCCAGAAUGUAGAUGGAGACAAACUUUAUAAUGUAUUCUCUAUUCUCUAUAAAACUAUUUUCCUCCAGAGGGCAACUAUUGAUAAUAAAUUAAAACACAUUCUAAACAAAGGAAAAAUGAUCAUUCAAUCUGGCCAUCAAAAUGUAUAGCAUAAUAAGAAGGUAUCACGUUGCUUUACUUUAAGGGUAGAGUUAACACUGGUUUAAUGAUUAACUUUGACUUUCUCUCUGUUUUUCCUUCAACAUUAUUUCUUUCUCCGGAUGUUUUGAUAAUCCAGGCACCCCUUCCACCACCCAGAAAAGAGAGCUUUUGUAGCUCCUUGAUAACCAGUCACACAAAGGGUGACAUUUUAGACCAAUUAGUAACUAACACACAAAUUCCCUCCUGUACAGAGUUCUUUACUAACAAAACACCUCUUCAGGGAACUAUGUAUUCUAAUGAUGAGUCCAGCCAGACAAUUGUAUAUUCUGAAGAAUCUAACACAACUGUUUCAUAUACACAAAAAAUCACUAAUCCACUACCACCACCUUCCAGCACAGGUUCCCCACCAAAAGCUGACAUGAGUACCCCAUUUCUACAAGAGGACUACACGCAAGAUUCUCAGACUCGGAGAAUCUCUACAUUGAAACUAAUCCAUAACCAGGAUCCAGGAAGUAGCAUCCCCUUUAAUCCUCCACAGUUUUCCAAAUCUGUUGAAGUACCAUCAUUUCGUAAAAGGCCUUGCUCACCACCCCCUAACCCAGUGCCUGAGAUACACACAGCGUCUCUUUCCAUUCAGAUAGCUCCCCUUUCAGGACACGAUCCUGAAAGCCACAAACAGCCAUCUGAGCUUUCUCCAGAGACUGCAAAGAUACCUCUUCAGCCAGAGAGACAAAAACCUGCAGUUGCUGCGGCCUCUCAGUCCUCAGACUGCCAAGUGGUACCUUACACUUUCCAAUCUCUUCUUAGAGCAUUCUGUAGAGACCCUAACUCCUUUGGUUUGGGCUUCUUAUGUAAUCCGAUGCUUUGUCAGUUUGCAAUCAGGAAAGGAGAAAGAAACCAUCUUCCUAUUUAAAACCAUACUAAAUUCAUCGAUAAGUUUCUAGGUAUUUUUAAUUAAAAAAAAAUCUACAUAAAAAGAAAUAUAUAUCUACAAAUCUUUUAUCCAGAAAUAAAAUGUUUUAACAGUUUCUUCCUUUCAGGUAUUUAUAAGAAGUCACUGAUGAUUGGUUAUCACUUAAGACUGCAAAGUACUUUUAAGUUUUAAAGAAAUAUUUUUCAUGCCAGACCUUUGAGUACCUUGGUUGUACUUUAUUUACAUGUGUAAAAACUCUUAAAAUAAUUGUCCAUUAUAAUUCACUUUGGCAAGAAACAUUCAUCUUAAUUCCACCAGAGUUUAUUUUCUUGUAGUUCAAUAAUCAUUUUCAUUGAAACUUGAUCAAUUUCUACCUUUUUAAGUUUACAAUUUCAGAAAGUAUAUUAAUCAAUCUUUAGUACUCAGACUAUUAAGAAGUAAAUCUUUAUUCACUUAUACGUAAAAUUCUCCCAUAGUGUCAUUCUGCUGAUAUUUAUUAAUCUAGUUAGAAGAGAAAUGUGUUUGUCUUCUUGGCUUUUCCACAAAAUGAUGUAAUGUUAAGAGAAUAAGCU